UUCCUCUUUAGUUGUGAUUUCCUGUGACAGUGUGACAGAUGCCGGUGUGAUUGAAAAACAGCAGUUCCCGUGCCUUCACCCACUGCGUCGUAUCUGCUGCAGCAUGGAGAUGUUCCUGUGGACCUGGAUCAUCCUGCACUCGGCCGUGUGCUCGCUCUCACUGCCAGACAUCAGUGAUGAGAAGUUCAUCGAAGAAUGUGUGAGGGAACACAACAGGGCGCGGUCGUCUGUCAGUCCACCGGCAAGCAACAUGCUCUACAUGACAUGGGAUGAGGACCUGGCCAUCACUGCCAGAGCGUGGGCAAAGAACUGUGUGUUUGAACACAACGUCGACCUCAAGGAGCCCCGACGUAUGCACCCAACCUUCCCCUCUGUAGGAGAAAACAUUUGGACCGGCUCCCCACCAUCAUCGUUUGAUGUAACAGGUGCCAUACAAGGCUGGGUGAACGAAAAAAUGCACUACAGCUACGGAAGAAACACCUGCACCAAAGUCUGUGGCCAUUACACACAGGUCGUGUGGGCAACUAGCUACAAGGUUGGCUGUGCUGUGCAGUUGUGCCGCAACGGUGUCUCUGGCUUCACCGACCGUGAGGGGGCUGUUUUUGUGUGUAACUACGCCACAGCUGGGAACAUGAAUGGAAGACGGCCGUAUGAAUCUCAAGGGGCAGCCUGCUCUGGAUGUGACGGGACGUGUGUGGACAAUCUCUGCCGCAGCAAAGAACGAGAUUCAGACAAAAGCUACGACCGGAGUCCAGCCGGGGAUCCUGCUCUCACCAACACCGACUCUAAUUACGGCACGAUCCUGAUCGCCAGGCCCAUCGUCCUCAUCGUCACCUUCGUCACAGCGUUUGCAGUCCGUUACUUCUACCCCGAUGUGUUCUGCUAUGAAUAGAGCUGCUGGCUGGGUCCACCAGAGCAUGGACUCAUUGUCAACAUUAUAGACAAUGAUGGCUUAGACCAGGGGUGCCCAGUCCUGGUCUUCGAGAGCCCCUAUCCAGCAUGUUUUAGAUGUUUCCUUCUUCC